AUUUUUGUUGCAUGGCAACGCAUUUGCGUGUGAGUGUUUUCGUUCAAGGUUGAGUUGUCCAGAAGGCUCCUGCAUCAAUGUAACGAAGUGCUACAGCUUUAUCACGCAUAAUAACUUAUCUGGAAAAUAUGUGUCAAUCCGUGGCGAAUGUCGGGAAAUGAAGCUGGCAAACCUCACGAGUGCGCUUGAAUGCCAAAAGAUACGCAAGUAUAUAGACUUUAUUGACUAGAAUGUCUCCUUCAAGACUAUACUCGGCAUCUGUCAUGCCUCCUCUGCCUUUAAGCUCUUUCAAUGUCUCAGGCAACUUCUGCACGGAAGAAAAUAUCCCUGAGUGCAUUCUAUACAUCAAUCAGGAAUUGUCGUCCCUGUGCUUUCCACCAAUUUUCCGAAACUCGGACAACAUCCGUGAUCUGGAUGCUGUGGUUGCCCUGAACAACAUAUAUGACUUGCUUCAGCUACACCGUCGAGCUGUUGGGAUGAUGGAGGAGCUGGAGGUGGAGCAGCUCAAGUCCAGCAGUGACCUCCACUACCAACAUCUCACCAACUCCAGACUAAAGGACCAGCUUGAACUUUCGAAGAAGGAAAACAUGCGCUUGCACGAGCGAGAGCGUCAGCUGGAAACAAGUUUAAAGACUUUGCAAAACUGCUUAAAAGAUGCAAAAGAAGAGAUACAAAGGCUGCAGGGCAUCAUUGCAAGUCGUGCCACACAAUACAACCAUGACAUUAAGAGAAGAGAAAGGGAGCACAACAGAGUAAAGGAGCGCCUCAAUCAACUACUCAUUGCCAAAAAGGAAAAUAAACAAGGAAUGGAAGUUUUGAAUUAUGUUAGAAGGUCAGAUGGGAGGAGAUGUCUUUGGAAAACUGGAAAAACUGAAUCCAGACAAGAGGGAGAGAUGUACAAAACUCUACUCAAUGAAUUUGAUAACCAUCAGAGGGAGCUAAUGGUGGAAAACAUAGAGCUAAAGAAGGUGCUUCAACAGAUGAAACACGAGAUGGUAGGGGUUUUAAAUUCAAAGGAGACAUGCCAAAAGGAAGAGAAACAAAGCAAUAACAUGGAUCAGUCAACUCUGCAGACAAAUUCAGAUGAUGAUGAACCCUUGAAAGGACCUCCUGAGAUGUCAUGUGAUCAUGCUCGGGAGAAACUUACCAACAGCAUUCGUCAGCAGUGGAGGAAACUCAAACACCACGUGGAAAGACUGGACAGCCAAGCAUCCAUGGUGCAAGAUGGAGACAGUGAAGAGAUGAUCUCCAAAAAACUCCAUGAAGAUGAGACAGAGAGGCUGAAGCUGGAAAUCCAGCAGUGCAAAGAGUUUAUUCAGACUCAACAACAACUUCUGCAACAACAGCUAAACACAUCCUGUGAUGAGGAGACCGCAGCCGUUCUCAAUGAUUCCUACAUGCUGGAAGAGAAGGAACGCUUGAAAGAAGAGUUGAGAGUGUUUGAAGAACAGAGGAAAAACUUUGAAAUCGAAAGGAGAAAUUUCACAGAGGCUGCCGUCAGAUUGGGCCACGAGAGAAAGUGUUUUGAGGACGAUCGUGCAAUGUGGCUCAAACACCAGUUUCUGAACACAACAUUUGCAGACCAAAUGAAACCACAAAGUCGCAGGACUGAUGAAUUUUCAAAGCACUCUGGUCAUGAAGAGAAACUCAUUUCGAUUUCUGGUAAAGUCAGCAAAUCUCAUCUUUAGUCUAACUACACCCAUGGAACUGCUUGAAGAUGAACCUACAUUUUCUUCCAACACCAGAAGAGCGACAGCUGGAACCAAUAUAAAUGAGUUUGAUUGUGAUUGAAGUAUCUUUAUGAAGAACGUUCAAUAUAUGGACAUUAAUAUAUCAGAAUCAUGUGCCAAUUGUUGACUAAAGGCUGCUGAAUCUUACAAGCCUCCGGAUUUUUCAUUUAGAAAUUCCAUAUAGAUAUUUAUUCAUAUUGCAUUUUGCUAGUAGAAAUGAACUAAAGUAUUUCUAGUUUUUCAUAUGUUGUUGUUGUAUUAGUUACAGCUUUUUAUGGUUUACUUCUAGGUACUUAAAACCAUAGAUAUGUAUAGGUAGAUACCACAUUUGACCACUUUAGACAUGUUGACGCGUCCGCCAUCUUGGAACGGUCUAUAUGUUGUCACCCACACUAAAAAUCAAUGAGUUUUAUGAUGCAACAACAUUGUGCAGCAUCUGAUUAUAAAAAAUGUAAAUUGUAAAUUUCUUAACAAACUUUUACAGGUAAGAAUGUGUUGGUUUGUGUUGGCACAGGUUUUUAAACUAAAUGACCUUUUAAAUUCCUUGUUAGCUAACAGUUUUGUCUUGUAUAUUGUAGUAGUAUAGAAAAAAGCAUCUGCUUAAGUCUACUGCAGAUAAUAUAUUCAUGCAUGCGUAGCCUAUAACUACAAUUGCAGACAGGGAACUUGCUCUCGAGUAUUCACAGACCGGCUUUGACUAUUCCAAUAUGGCAGACGGUUUAAAUAUUGCAGCUCAUAGAAACAGCUGCUAAUAGGGCAUCUACCUAUACAUACCUGGUUAAAACUGCAUCACUUUCAACAGUGUUGGUACACUUUUUGUAACUUAUUUUUUUUUGUUAUUGAGUAUAAAGUAUAGUUAUUUCAAUCUUAAGUUGUAAAGAAUAAUGCAUUUGACAAAUCUAGUUCAAAUACUUUAUGUUCAUUGUAUUUAUUGUGCAUUUGCCUUUGAAACUACAUUUGCAGGUAACAGGUGUACCAUUAUUGUUGUUUGAAUCAGCUGCAAAACCACAAAGAUGUGAUAUAUUGUUGCAUGUGGAUAAAGUGCUAUAUCACAUAUACAGUAAAACAUACCAAGGUAAAAGCUCCAUUUAAAUAAAAUGGUGUAGACAUAGUCUUGCAAAAUGCUUUAUUCAAUAUUUAUUCAAAUAAAGUAACUCUUGUAAAGGCGUGAAAUAAUGACAGUUUCGUACUUUGAUAAUAAGGGUAAUACCACACCUGGAUUCUAAAUGCAACGCAAAAAGAUUAAAUUCAGUACAUUUUAAGGUUUGAGGUAUUUAAAUGUAACUUGUCAGCUGGGCUUUAAAAUUACUUUUAGUUAAACAGUGUUAACAUUUAAUUUUUUUAUGGGAUGUCAUACCUUUCCUUUGGUUGACGCACACACGCAUUGACGCACAUGACGUCAACUUUCUCAUUCAGCUACUAAUGUAUUGUUAAUGGCGCGAAGGAGAAUUUGGGAUAUUUAGCUGUCCAUUUAAAUCACAACUCCCAGGAACAUGACUUCCAGUGUUAAGGUAAACAUAGGUUACGAUUUCUUGCUCUCAAAAUACGUAAAUGUCAGCGAUUUAUUAUGUGUAGUUAUCUGAAAAGAAAGCUGUCAUACAUCUUGAAAGUGUUCAUUCUUGACUGUUCUGCUUGGAAUUUUGUCAUCUUUUAAUAAAUUAUUUCUUAACUUA